AUGGCAAGUAUAGAUGAACUCCUUGUCCACACAGGGGAUUUUGGGCCUUUUCAAAAGAAAAUCACUGUACUUGGUUCCUUCCCACUUGUGCUUUUUGCCUUUAUACUAGUUGGGGUUGUUUUCCUGGGGCACACUCCAGCUCACUGGUGCAGGAGCCCCGGAUCGGAGCACAUCCAGGAGGAAUGUGGCUGGACGGAGGCUGAGGUGCGGGAAGUCACGGUUCCCCACUCUGAGGAGUCAGGGUCCUUCAGCCACUGCGAGAGGCUUGAAGUGGACUGGAACAACAGCCAAGACAAAUGCAAUGAGCUUGACUGGCUCUUGACUUCUAAUACAACCCAGCAUGUGCCUUGUGACAGUGGAUGGGUGUUUGAUAAAAAUCACAACACUAUUGUUACUGAGUUUUCUUUAGUGUGUGAUAAAUCCUGGCUGGCUGAUCUGUAUCAAGUUUGUCUCGCAUUUGGAUACUUUGUCGGGGCUUUUGUCACUGGCUACUUGGCUGACAGGUUUGGAAGAAAGCCGUGCUUCAUUGCAUCAAUGUUUGGCCUUGGCGUCUCAGGAGUAGCAGCCAUGUUGUCACCAUGGUACCCGCUGAUGCUCGUCUUUCGAUUUUUACAAGGGUUUUUUGGAAAGGGAGCAUGGUCAGCCGUCUAUGUGCUGGUGAUUGAGUUCUUUGGCUCAGAGAACAGGAAGUUUGUGUCUGUGGUGACCCGGACUUUCUACUCCAGUGGCAUGGUCAUUCUGCCUGGCCUGGCAUAUUUGCUGUCCUCUUGGAAAAGUCUACAGCUGGCAAUGAGUCUGCCCUGCUUCCUGUUUAUCUUCUACUAUUGGCUUGUUCCUGAGUCUCCCCGCUGGCUGUUUUCACAGAGAAGAUUUAAAGAGGUUAUGAGGGUUGCUGAAAUCAUCGCCAAGAGCAACGGGAAUACCUUACCGGGGAAUUUCAGAGAGAUAGGUCUUGUGGAGGAGAAGAGAGACGUUAAUCCUAAUCCUGUAUCCAUUAUGGAUUUGUUCAGGACACCAAAUAUAAGAAGAAACACGUUCAUUUUAACCUAUGCUUGGUUUACAAGCACGGUUGUGUUUCAAGGCCUGAUCCUGCGCCUGGGGAUCACCGGCGACAACCUCUUCUUGGAUUUCUUCAUCUCUGCCGUGGUGGAGCUUCCCACCGGCCUGAUCUUCUACCUGCUGGUGGACCGGGUCGGCCGGCGCUCCCUCAUGGCCAUCACCAACUUCAUCGGGGGCAUCGCCUGCCUCAUAGUUCCAUUUGUUUCAAUGGAUUUUGCCUGGUUGAAGAAAUCAGUUGCCAUCAUCGGGAGGCUUGCUGUUGCAAUUGGAUUUGAGACGGUGAACUUUGCCAACACAGAGAUGUAUCCAACACCUCUUAGAAACCUGGGCUUGUCCGUUUGCUCAUCAGCCAGUGAUCUUGGAGCAAUCGUGGCCCCGUUUCUGCUCUACAGACUGGCCAGUAUCUGGCAGGAUCUGCCUCUUUUUCUUUAUGGUGCAAUGUGUGUACUGUACAGUGGAUUAGUAACGCUGCUGCCUGAGAUGAGAGGUGUCGCCCUGCCAGAAACCACAGAAGACAUGGAGAAUCUAACAGGGUAA